UGUUCACAAGUGAGUCAACUGUUAGCGCCGUCCUUGGUCAUUGAAAUAGAUACAUUUGCAACGCGGUCCGAACCUGGUUUUGGUGGAUUUUUAAAAUAUUUUUAAGUUCACUUUUUUUUCCCCCCUCUGAAACUCCUAACUCUUCAACCGACUCUUACAAGCUGAAUAUUCAAGACACGUUCCAGUGCUUUCCAAAUAUUGGUUAUCUAAGAAAGAGCUAAAUAACUCACCAUACCUCUCCAACCAAGUCGUGGAUGUCUGUAGCCUUUAUGACAGCUAAAACAGAACUGUCCGGCUGGCCAGACGACACAGGCGAGGACUUCCCCCUAAUGGAACAGUCUUAACGGGAGCCUUUCGCAUCCAGAACCAGGGUAACAUCUCCAGGAGGACAGUCUCUAUACUCACCCAGAGAUACGGGCCAUUACGCGCACAGCGGCUCCAUGGAUAUCUCACUGGAGAAACUCAUGUCGGUGAGUAAACUAACGGACAGUGGUGUCACGAUAGAAAUGGACCUCGACACAGUACCCGGUGACCAAGGAGAGGGAGGAAACGGUAAGCAGCAGGGCCACCACCCGGGCCCACAGAAACACCGGCGAGUCGCGGCUAAUGCCCGGGAGAGACGGAGGAUGCACGGGCUGAACAAGGCGUUUGACACGUUGCGGAGCGUGAUUCCGUCCGAUAAUAAUAAAUUGUCCAAGUACGAUACUCUCCAGAUGGCUCAGAUCUACAUCCAGGAACUUUCGGGGCUGCUCACCGGGGUGGUGAAGCCAGAGGGGCGGGGAGGGUCACGGAGUGGAUGCGCCUCACCAGACAUAGACCACCUCAUCCCGGCUAGGAGGAACCUUCUGGGGUCUCUCUCUCCAGAGCCCUUGCGGGGUGGCGGCGGGACGGCUGGGAUCAGCAACACCCUGCAGGACUCCCCCUCACCGCAGCCACAGAACAAGAGACUGGCCGGAGAACAGGAGAACAAUGGUCCCGUCGGUCACCUCAUCAUUCUGUCUGCGCCUAAAUCUGAUCUAGAAUCGGGGAAUAAGAGGGUGUCUAACACUUCUAACGGGAGUGAUGGAGAGUCGUCGCAUUACAGUGACUUUGAGGACGGACAGGCCGGUAGACGGUGACAAUUUAGAGUCUGAACGUGACAACAGGAACUGUUUUAGUCGAGGUUUUCAUACGGAUUGUUUAAUAUUUGAUAUAAACUGUCUGUGUUUUAGAAGACAAUAACGGACACCAAAAUAGAGCCACGUAGCCCACCUUGAAAUGUUGAAUGAGAUUGUGGUUUAGAUUGAGACGGUAGUCUAAGGCCUACUCUCGGCUACAUUUAGACUAGAACACUUGUCUCAUCAUGCCAUAUUUAUUUAUUAUAAAUGGACACCAGGGUUGCGGUCAAUUCCCAUUUAAAAUUCAGGAAGUACACUGAAAUUCCAAUUCUCUCCAACGCUUGUCAAUGGGAAACAUUGGCAUCAGAAUUUGGUUUACUUUCCCGAAUUGACUGGAAUUGAAAUGUUUUCCAAAACUCUGCUGGUAGCUUGAAAAGUAGAAUAACGUUCUGGGUAGAUUAAAACGGUACUGUCGCCUACAUUUAGAGACGAACACGAAUAUCCCAGUGAGCACAAGACGUAAUUUACAUGAUAUUGUUCAUAUCCCAGUGAGCACAAGACGUAACUUACAUGAUAUUGUUCAUAUCCCAGUGAGCACAAGACGUAACUUACAUGAUAUGGUUCAUAUCCCAGUGAGCGCAAGACGUAACUUACAUGAUAUUGUUCAUAUCCCAGUGAGCAAAAGACGUAACUUACAUGAUAUUGUUCAUAUCCCAGUGAGCGCAAGACGUUGAAAAUGUCUUUUUUCAAACAUCUUUUACUCAUAGUGAGGGAUGUUUCAUCAUACCCUAUUUAUUUAUUAUAUUUAUUAGAUAUCAACAGUGUAAAAUUAAAAAGACCUAGCCUACUGUGUGAUAAUGAAGACUUCAUUGUGUAUUUAAACAAGGCCUGAUCUUAUGACUUCUCAUGGGGGCUUUCUUUCCUUCCUUCCUUGCACUUUAUUGACUAAAUACAUCUGGAACAUUUGGUUACACGGUUUGAUUGCAUGCAUAUCUAAUAAUAAUAAAUAAAAUUAAAAUAAAAAAUACUUUGAUAUUAAUGUAUUAUUAUUUGAUUUCUUCCAAGAAUAACUUUU